AUGACAAGCUUUUCGCGCCGCGCCUUCUGGCUCCUGGCAGCUCUUCAAACCGUGCAGAUUCAUGCUGCAGAAACCUCUGCCACUCAGGCUUCUCAAAUUGAGGAGAUUUCCGUUGUGGCGUCAAGAAUCGCUGCGCCGGUGCGCACUGUGCCAAGUGCCAUCAGUGUGAUUGAGAUCGAAGAUAUUCAGCUUGGCCGAGCGCAGUUGGGGCUGGAUGAAUCGCUUGGUCGGGUUCCCGGUGUGUUUGCGCAGAAUCGUUAUAACUAUGCCCAGGAUUUGCGCAUCGCUGUACGGGGAUUUGGUGCGCGUGCCAAUUUCGGUAUUCGUGGCUUGAAAAUCUACGCUGACGGUAUCCCGUCUACCACUGCUGAUGGACAGAGUGGCAUAGACGACGUGGAUAUCGGUUCACUGCAGCGCAUGGAGAUUGUGCGCGGUCCGGCUGCGGCGUUGUACGGUUCCGCGGCAGGGGGUGUCAUAGCCUUAUAUACGGAAGAUGGCCCGGAAACGCCGUUUCUGCAAACCGCAGUGACGGUUGGUGAAGAUCAACAGCGAAAAUAUCAGCUCAAGGCCGGCGGUCAGUACGACCGGUUAAAUUAUCUUGUCAGCUUGAGUGAUCUGGAGUUUGACGGCUACCGGGACAAUGCCCGUGUGGAAUCUCGUCAAUUUAACAGCAAGUUUGUUUACAGUCUGGAUGAAGGCGAGCUGACGCUGAUCGCCAACCUGGUCGAUUCACCUCAGGCUGACGAUGCCGGGGGUAUCACUGCGGCUCAGACCGCUGCGGACCCAAGGUCUGCUCAGGCGCGUAAUCUGAGUUCCAAUGCUGGCGAAGCUCUGGACCAACAGAAGCUUGCCCUGCGCUAUACCCGUCCGCUCAGCGACAACCUCGAUUUGUCGGUGCGUAACUAUUAUGUCUGGCGAGACUUCGAAGCUUUUUUACCGAUAGGCACGCACAUUCCCUUUGUUGCGGAUGAUGGUGUUGUUGAGUUCGACCGUUUCUUUUAUGGCGGUGGGGUUCAACUGGCGGCCACCAAUACGCUGUUUGGCCUGGCCAAUACGGCAAUCUUUGGUCUUGAUGUAGACCGCCAGGAAGAUGAUCGCCAGCGAUUCCUGAAUAACGCAGGGGCUAAAGGCACGCUGACUUUUGAUCAGCUGGAAGAGGCCACCACCGUUGGUUUUUUUGUCCGUAACGAAACUGCUUUGAGUGAUCAACUCACAUUGGUGCUGGGUCUGCGCUACGACGAUAUUGAACUGACAGUUGAUGAUAAAUUUCUGGCCAACGCGGACCAGUCCAGCGAGCUGAAUUUUGAGCAGUGGAGUCCCAUGGCCGGUUUAUCCUGGACUCUGAGUGAUCAGAUGACACUCUAUGCAAACUACGCCACGUCAUUUGAGACGCCGACCUUCACCGAACUGGCGAGUCCAGCGCGCACGCUUUCGGUGAGCCUGGGCGGCUUUAACGAUGUUAACCCGCAAGAGGCAGAAAGUUUUGAGAUUGGUUUAAAAGGUGAUGGGUUUGAACAACGUCUGGCCUUUGAACUGGCGGCGUAUCAGAUCAGCGUUGAAGAUGAAAUCACCAGCGUCGAGGACAUAGGCAACCGCGCUUUUUUUGAAAAUGCAGAUACCGACCGCCAGGGCUUUGAGCUCAGCGCGGUCGCAAGUUUCAGUGAUUCGCUGCGUUUGAGCCUGGCGUACACCUAUGCGGACUACGAAUUUGAAGCUUUUGACGGCAGCCCUGAAUUUGAGGGCAAUGCCCUGCCAGGUUUACCCGAGCAUCAGGUCUUUGCAGAACUCAGUUAUCGCCACAGUAAUGGGUUUUAUGCGGUAGGCGACGUGUUGUACAUGGACGAAUUAUUUGUCAAUAACGCCAAUUCCGGGACCAGUGAUAGCGCAGUUGUGGCGAAUGUUCGCAUGGGCUACACCGGGUUAGACAUGAACACUCCUGACCAGCCAGCGCCACUUCCCAAAGUGGAUAUCGAAAUCAAUCCCAGAGGCAGCAUGGAAUUGCUGUCGCAGAGGGAGAUUGAAGCGUUGACCACCGGAGCCCGCCACGACGAGAUCCAGGAUCUUUUUCGACGCUGCGCGCUGGCCGUGCUGAAUACCGGUAAUGAAACCGAUGACGCCGCAGCGAUUUUUGAUGCCUAUGCUGAUUUCAGCAUUGAGGUGGUGAAGCGAACCCGCGGUCUCCAGCUGAAGAUUGAAAAUGCACCCGCCAGCGCUCUAGUGGAAAAGCGCAUGAUCGAAGGCGUGCGACAACACCUUUUUGCCGUGCUGCGGGACGUGAUUUAUAUAGGUACUGAGAUCAGUGAUGCCCUGCAGUACGACAUGUCGACAACGGCAGGCAUAACCGAUGCGGUGUUCCAGAUUCUCAAGCAGGCAAGGGUCAUGGAAGCGGGUAUGCGCCCGAAUCUGGUGGUCUGCUGGGGCGGGCAUUCGAUUGGCCGGACUGAAUACGACUACACCAAAAAGGUGGGCUAUCACCUUGGUCUGCGACGUCUGGAUAUCUGCACCGGGUGUGGACCAGGUGCGAUGAAAGGUCCUAUGAAGGGAGCCUCUGUUGGUCAUGCCAAACAGCGGGUCAGCGGUGGACGGUUUGUCGGUCUGUCGGAGCCCGGCAUCAUAGCAGCUGAACCGCCUAAUCCGAUUGUGAAUCACCUGGUUGUACUGCCGGAUAUUGAAAAACGACUUGAAGCUUUUGUGCGCCUGGGACAUGGCAUUGUUGUUUUCCCUGGUGGUGCAGGUACCGCUGAAGAGAUUCUCUAUCUCAUGGGGAUUCUGCUGGAUCCCAGCAACGCCGAUCUGCAAUUGCCUGUGGUCUUCACUGGACCGGAUGAAAGUGCCGAUUAUUUUGCCGCGAUGGACAAGUUUCUGCGCCUUUUAUUCGGCGAUGCUGUUGAAGGAAAAUACAAAAUCAUCAUCGGCGACAGUGAAGCGGUGGGGCAGUAUAUGAGCCAUGCCAUCAGGAAUGUGCAUCGUGCCCGACGCAAGUCCGGUGAUGCCUACUACUUCAGCUGGUUGUUGAAUAUUCCUUCCGCCCAUCAGGAGCCAUUUGAUGUCACACACGAAAGUGUUGCGGCACUUAACCUGGUUCGCGAUCAGCCGAUCGAGAAGCUUGCGGUUGAAGUUCGGCGAGCGUUUUCUGCGAUUGUUACCGGCAAUGUUAAGGAGCAGGGGAUCCGUCUUAUUCAGAAGCACGGUCCUUUUGAGCUGCGUGCGGACAGCGAGCUGACCGAUGCGUUGGAUACCUUGUUGAAGAGUUUUGCGGAGCAGGGGCGGAUGCGCCUGAUUGGUGAAUACACCCCUUGUUACACCGUGAAAGCUCUGAACUGA